UCGGUUAACUAUUCAUCUGAACCGGACGGCUGGACAGAACACGAGUAGUGCUGAAAAACUGGAGCUGGAUAUCACCCGCCGGCCGUCGUGACAGAAAUUCAGUAAAACCCUCUCAGUUCUCAACCCACCCUCUCUCUCUCUCGAUUCAUUAAACUGUUGAAAGUCAGGUGGAGUUUUCCUCUCAAUUUUGUCAAAAGUUUAUUUAGGUUAGCAGGAAGGAAUGGAGGAAGAUGGGUCGAAUUCAAUUCGAAGGAUGUCUACUCGGUCCCGCAAGAUUGCUCCCAAAAUGGCGGCUGCACUUGCCAGCUCCGAUAAUCGAACUCAGGCGAUACUAGCUCGGCUGGAUGCUUUGGAAAAUGACAAUGCUGCAACGGAGGCAGUACAGCAAAUUGAUGAUGAUGAUGAUGAAGUUUCUCUUGAUGACGAUGAUGACCAAGUUUAUCAAAAGAAACAGUCUAAGAGUACGAAACGGAAAACUCGUCAGGCUAAAGCGUUAGAGAAUGCUAAAAAGGCCUCGAGAACGUUUCUUGAGCUCUUGCACGAGGCAAACCUGGAAUCCUUGCCUCCUCAUGUGCCCUCGUAUUUGAGAGCUGCAGUUGGACCUCCAAGUUCCUCUUCAAGCCGUCAUUUUUGCACUGUCUGCGGAUUCACAGCGAAUUAUACAUGUGUACAAUGUGGGAUGCGAUUUUGUUCUAUUCGAUGCCAAACUAUUCACAAUGAUACUCGUUGCUUGAAAUUUGUCGCAUGACUGUGUUUCAAGAACAACUUUUGUGGAAAACGGCUUAGUGGUGAUUUGGUUCAUCUACUCAGUUGUAUAUCUUGACUAUCUCAUAGAUGCUCAAGGUUGCACGAGAGCUGAUUCUAGUAUAAGCCUUAACCAAAUAUUUAAUUAAGUGCAUCGAGUUUGGAUUAUUUGAUCUUACUGCUUUACAGCACCAUAACUCACCUCGCUAUUUGGUGGAGAAAAAGAAAAAAGAGACUUAAAAUCCUUGAGGCGUUGCUGCAUGAAGAUGAAGUGCAAGGUGUGCAAUGAAGAGAGCAGAAUCCAUUGUGCAAGUGAUGAACUUGUUACUUGUACUCUAUUUAGCAACGUAUCCUGUACAUUGGGGAAGAGAACUGAUGAUUGUAUCGUUUUGUGGUAGUUAUUUUAUUUUUGGCAGGAAGAGGGAAUUUUAAGCUUUAUCUUCAUCAAAUUCGCUUUGUAUUUGGACUUCUUUUCUCAAUGGGCUAAUGUUAUUGGCUGUCCUUUU